AUGGACCCCGCCGCCAUAGCCUGGUGGGCGUUUGCAUACCUCAAAGCCAGGGGAGUAACUAGGGAAUGGGCAUUCCAUCAACUGCAGCGCAAAGGUGUGACAGAUACCUGGGAAGUCCAGUCAUACGAGGAACUCCGAGCCUUCGGCAAAGCAGACCAACAAACGGAUCAGCCACACCAGAAUGAAAUAACUGAGGAGACCACUGAAGCCAAUGCCGAUGCCAAUAUGGGCACCGAAAAUGCUACUACCACCAACACCGCCACCGAGGUCCCUGUUAACGAAUCGAACCCGCAAGCUCCGGAAACGACCCAUCGGACCGAGGUUGCUGCGUGGAUCGGACAGUCUGAUAUUUCAAACAUUCUCAUACCGACCUUCCGCGACCAUGCUGAGGAACCAGAUGUCUUCGUUCGCCGGGUUUGUUCAAACAUGAUAUCGAACAUUGCCAUUUUCGCCCGGUUAUGGACCGCAUCUGAGGCUAUGACCAACGCGUCUUGCAAGUACACCGGCAUAUAUAAAGUUCAAAGCAAUCAGUCCUUGGUUUGA